UCGUGAGCGAUGGAGGAGGAAAUACGGUGUGCCGUGUGUGCGAAUAUCUUCACAGAGCCCGUGCUUUUGCCGUGCUUACACGCUUUGUGUCUGAAAUGUGCAUGUAGUCUUCAGCGAAGUGUCCAAGCCCUUCUUGCUGAGCCCGUAGGAGGCCAGCAGGCCGGGCCGCCUGGCCACGACCCCGAUCCGCCUGACGGAGGCGCUGACAGUGACAAAGCCUCGGUGUACAGUGAGACCGAUAGCGGUGUGGUUGUGGCAUCCCGACCGACGUCCUACGUGAGUAGUCCGGAAACCACCGUCAACAAUGAGGGCGGAGAGGGCCAGCCUGCCGCAGGACAACAGCAGGGCGUGCGGUGCCCUGUGUGCCACAAAGUGUCCGCGUUGGGCCCAGGGGCGGCCGCCGACCUGCCCCGUUACACUGCCAUGUCUCGCAUCAUAGCCCGCCAGCGAGGAGACCCUUCCCUCGGAGAGGCGUCCACCAGCACCUCCGCGCCUACAGGAACCCCCGCGACUUUGCCGCCCUGCCAGCUCUGCGAAGGGCCUCCGCGCGCGGCCACCACGGAGUGCCAGCAGUGCCAGGUGCUGUACUGUGGCCCUUGCCUGACCUCUUGCCACCCUCCCCGGGGGCCCCUCGCCACACACACCCUGGGCUCCGUCGCGCCCCUAGGAGGAUCUAUCCCGGGGGCAGGGGAAGUCUGUGCCGCCCAUGGAGAGCGGCCCUCCCUCUACUGCUUAGUCUGUCGGUGGUCAGGCUGCAGGGAGUGCGGCCCGGGCCACUCGCAACACGAUCUUCAGCCACUGGACAAUCUUGCUAAAACACACAAGGUAAGUGUCGCCACCUUAAAUAUUCGCAAAAGUCCAGCAUUCGCUGCCUUUCAUCACAAGGACGUGCAUUGCGCUCAUAGGGCCAAGUCUCCACCUAAUAACAAUUUCAUCAGGUUCCAUGACUAA